GGAGGAAGGAAGAUGGAGAAAGAGGUGAGACAGACAAGGCAGAGAGAUGACAAGCUCUGAGCGUCACAUGAAGAAGGCGUUCGAAGUCACAGGGCCAACCUUGAACAGGAAACGUUGACUUCCGCAAGACUUUCUCACCAAAGAUGUAUGGCAGCUUGACAGAUCUUGAGAAUGUUUUGCUGAGACAGGUUACAUUCAAGCCGAUUAGUUGAAGCUGCAUUGUUGUGUUUAUGCUGUUGGGAAACUCUGGAUGCUUGGCCGAGGAGGUGAAAAGAUUUCAGGAGGAUUUACAGUAAUACAGGAAAACGACUAGAAACUCUUUGCCAACAUGAUUCCAGCUCAGGAUGGUUCCACCACUGACAGACUGCUUGUUCCACCAAAGGAGGGUCACUCGUCUGGUUCAGGAUCAACUCGAAGCAGACAGAGACAGGGCUCUCCUGCACGAAAGCUGGGCAUGACGAGGAAACUGAGGGACAGAAAGGAUCCUGAAGACCCAGAAGAAAGGGAGAAAAGGCACAAAGAGUUUGAGCUGAAACCACUGUACAAGGAGCUGCUCUACACCAUCAAACACAGACUGGGCAAGCCGACCACCAACACGGAGUACAGCACCACUCAGCUACAGGACUAUAUCAAAGAGGCAUUUGGCAUGACAGACGAUGAGCACCAGAGCUUGUCUGAAAAAGUGGACAGUGCAACGCAACCGGUUUACUGCCUGAAAAUCACAGUCAAGGAGGCCAAAGGGAUUCUGGGAAAGGACAUCAGUGGCUUCAGUGAUCCGUACUGCCUGCUGAGCAUCUUACAUAACAGUCAUGAGGCUCACAGCAGCAAACCACAGAAGGCAGUGGUGAAGGACUCGGCCCAGCAAGGGGAAAUCUUCCAAACGGACGUAAAGAAACAGACUCUCAACCCCGUGUGGGAUGAAACCUUUAAACUGGUGUUUGAAGACAUCAAGACUACCAAUUUUCAUCUGGAAAUGUGGGAUAAAGAUGAGGAGGUGUCACUUGCUCAGAAACUCGACGAGUUCCGGACAAACUUUCAUGGGCUGAAAAGGAUGAUAAAGGAUGCCAAGAAGGAGAAAGGGCAGGACGACUUCCUGGGAAACAUUGUCCUCAAACUGCAGGACCUGCACUGUACAGAGGACAAAUGGUACAUACUCCAGCCUCGGACAGAGACGUACCCAGACCGAGGGCAGUGCCACCUGCAGGUCAAAUUUAUCCACAAACAGAGAGAUGAUACUCUGAGCGCUGGCCGAAGCCUGUAUGUGAAUUACAGUGGCAUCUUACAGCAGUUUGUGCAGGCGUACAUCUCCAAACAACAGGACAGCGGUCCCUGGAAGGGUGAGCUGUGUGGAGAGGGCAGCACGCUGCUGGAGUACUACGCUACUCAGAAUGAUAUUUCACCUUUUCUGCAAGACCUGGCGAAGUGGGUGGCCUACAGUAAGCUGUAUCAGAGCUUGGAGGUGGACUCUACAGUGUUGUUUCAGCAGCUGACUAGCAUCGAGUACCAUUGGGACCAACAGGAACUCCCAUACCAACAGAAACAAGAGCUGGGAGACUCUCUGCAUGGCUUCCUGCAGUAUGGUCUGUGUUUAGUGUCCAAGUACAGAGACAUCUUUCCCCCGACGCCCAAAUGCACACCACGGCUACACACACUGCUCAGGGUUCUGGUCCAGAUCUGUAAGACUCGAGCUUUUCAGAAGCUCAACCCAGCAAACUUCGCCUUACACGACGAGGUCAUUGAUGCAGUACUGAGUGGUACUGAGGAGUGGUUCAACAUUAAAAAAGGACUACACCAGCCAAUGACAAAGGAUUUGCUGGAGACAGUUAGCGCCCUCUCUCGGUUGAUUAAGGAAGUGCAGGAGGACAUUCGUCUCAGCAAAGAUGUCUGGAACAGAGUGUUUGUCAGUGCUGUGCAGUUAGACGUGUUUACAGUAGUGUACCAGAAACUCGACUCGCUGCUGGCAGAGGAGCUUCGAGCGAUGCUGUGUCAGUUGGAGAAUCAUAUGGAUCAGUCUUUGGCUAACAGUCUGUUUCCUGUGUAUCUGAGCCUGCAAGCCAUCCACAAAGAGAAAGCCUAUCUACAGAAGAGAGAGAAGAUGCUGCAGCUGACGAGCUUCCAUGAGGAUUUCCGUGAGGCUCUGCCGUACUGGCUGAAUAAAGCGUUCAGCACCACCAUGGAGAGAGUGGAGAAAGCAGUGCAGGUGGAUCAGUUACAGCCCCUGCAGACUGGAGCAGUACCCAUAAAGCACAGCUCCUCAGCCGUGGACCUGGCAGCUUGUCUGCAGCCGAUCUGUCAGCUUUGGGAACAACUGAGCUGGCCCGACUCAGAGGAAGGCUUCAUGCUCAUGGUCAAGCUAACAGAGGAUAUGUGUAAGAUUGCCUCCAUGUACUGCCGUUUACUGAAGGCUCGGGUGAAGGAGCUCUCAGCGAACUGUGACCCAAGCAGUGCUGUCAACAUGCUGUGUGUUGUGGUAAAUGAUCUGGAGCACUUACGGUCAGUGCUGACCCGCCUACCUCAGCAGCUGAACUGGGCGGGGCUUCGGGAGCGGACAAGGAACGUGAUUGGAGAAAACCAGUUUCAGAACACACUCCCGUCCCAGCUGCAGCACACACAGGCCGCACUGAACCGAGAGAUUCGCUCAGCCGUCGACACUCUCGGCCAGAAGCUGCGCACGGACAUAGAGGAUUACGUGCGCAGGAUGGCCACACGACACCGGCUCCCUUCAAGAUCCACAGAGGAUGCUGUAGAUCCUCUGAUGAGGUAUCUGGAGAAGGAGCUGCAUUAUAUGAAUGAAAAUCUGGUACAGGAGAACUUCAACAGUUUGCUGACGCCGUUGUGGAUGAACUCGGUGAAGAUUCUGCAACAGGUCUCGCAGCAGGAGGACGGCAAUACAGUGUACUUUCAGAGACUGCAGUUUACUCUACAGUGCCUGGAGCAGUGUUUUCAUGCUGAAGGGAACGGACUUCCUCUCGAAACGCUACACACAGAUGAAUAUAAGGCUUUGAAUAACCACCUGAUGCUGAACGCCAUGAGCUGCCAGCAGCUGAUGGAAAAGUUUUUUGAGAAGAAAGUGUGGGAGCAGAAAGUGUGUCACGGUGAGAAAUACGGAGCAGUAACACUCAUCACCUCGUACAAGCGCUCCGAGUCUAAACUGUAUGUGGAGGUGCUGAAUGCAGUCAACCUCAUUCCCCUCGACUCCAACGGUUUCAGUGACCCAUUUGUUCAGUUGUCUCUGGAGCCAAGGCAUAUUUUCCCACAGGUGGACCUACAGUCGACUAAGGUCAAGACCCGGGACCUCAACCCGCUGUUUGAGGAAUCCUUCGAGUUUGCUGUGUCUUUAGAGCAGUGUCAGUCGGCCGGAGCGUGCCUCUUGGUGACAGUGCUGGACUACGACGCCCUGCGCAGUGACGACUUUGAAGGAGAGGCGUUUCUCUCUCUGAAGGCAGUGCCUGGAGUUGCAGGAGGAGGAGGCUCUGACCCCACCCCCGCUCAGAUCCGCCUCCCUCUAUUGCACCCCAAACCAAACAGUGACUCGACCCUGAAGAUGCUCGAGGGCAGAAAGAGCGAGCGUGAAGCUCAGGCCUUCGUCAAACUGCGCAGACAGAGAGAGCGCAAAUCUCAAGAAGCCUGAAACUGUGAAAGGGGGAUGAAGAGGCGGAUCAGGUUUUGGAAAUGAUCAUCUCUGUUGCUAUUCUGUAUUUAUCUGGAUACAUUUAUGUUAUGGUGUUUUAGGAGUAUAUUUUAUAGAACACCUUGUAAGUGAAUUAUUUUAAAACACUGAGUCUGGUCCCUGGAACACCGCUGCCGUGUACAUUUUAAUUACUCCACGUCCAUAUGUAAAAUGAAUCCCAUUCGAAUAUGGCUUUAGUUGCACAUUUUAACCAUUUUAUAAUAAACAGGUUUUCUGUUUUUUUCUCAGUGCAGGAAAUGUGAUAAUUCUCACCUACACUGCAUCUGAGGUGGAUUUAAAAAAAAAUUCCUUUGAAUUCCUUUAUUGGUUUCUGUACUCAAACACACCCUGCUGACUCUUAUUAACUAGCUUAUUAAUUAGAUGAGGAGUGUGAGAAGAGAGAAAACAUGGAAGGCAGGAACAUUGUUACUCCAGGACUGAAGGAUAUUGUUACAUUAUGAAAUCUCUGGUAUGUUU